AUGUCUGCCCCUAUUCCCGCAUGCUAUUCAGAUAUUGGCAAAUCUGCCAGUGAUCUGUUAGGCAAAGACUAUCCGGUCGGUGUCUUCAAGCUUGAGACUAAAAACACAGCUCCUAACGGUGUAUCCUUUACCCUCUCCGGACAAAAAAACACAAAAAGUGGUGACAUAAAUGGUGAAUUUAAAAGCAAGUAUCAUUAUCCUAAGAAGGGUAUUACACUUACAGAAACUUGGACAACAAACAACCAUUUAAGUACCCAAGUAGAACUAGAAAAUAGCCUUGCAAAAGGUUUAAAAUUGGACAUGACUGCAUAUAUCCAGCCACUUCAUGGAAAUAAGAACGUCAAGGGUGGCUUAAUUUUCAAACAACCGGGUUUUCACACAAAGCUCUAUGUUGAUGUUCUUAAGGGACCUACUUUUCAAGGAGAUGUUGUAAUUGGUCAUGAAGGAUUCCUUAUGGGUGGCGAAGCAUGUUACGAUGUUACGGAUGGCAAAGUUACUCGCUACGGU